AUGGUUCAUAACGUUUUAUUCGAUCCGCCUUUACCACAUGGUCAAAGAAUCAAUGUGGGCAACGAUAUGGUGAUUAAUGACAUUUCCAGUAUUUACAACUUAUCAAUCUUUAAGAACUUGUUUCGGGUUUAUUUCACCUUUCUUUUGGUCCAAUAUAUUUUAAUCUAUGCUUGUGUACCGUUGGAAGAGAUUGAAAAUAGACCGGCAAUGUGCAUCAUAUCGAACAUUUACAUCUUGAUUAUGUUUACAAUCAAUGCCUCAAUAUUACCAUUGUGUUCAAGUACAAUACCCACUUUAGUUUCGUUGAGAUGUUUGUUCUGCUCGUUUAUAUUGGAAUUGGGAGGCACAGUGUUGAAUAUCAUUGCUGUUGUUCAGAGCUUAAGGGCCGGAAAGAUGUACCAAAUUGAAAAGGAGCGUGGUAAAGCUACACCGACAAAGACAAGUGUUGAAGUGUACAUCAAUGUGUUUAUCAUACUUGCAAUGAGCUUUUCCAUUUUGGCAACAGCGACUGUGUUUUCAUUAGUUGUUGUGUGUGAACGAUCUUUGGAGUACAUCACUAACAAAGUUGAUCGAAGGCAUCUUAAAACUCAAAAGCAAAAGCUUGGCGUGAUAAGCACCGAUUCAAUUGAAAAGUUUAAUCAACAGCAAAAGUCCUACUUUUAA